CACAUCUCGCGCCAGUCUCAAAGGGAACUUACGAGCGUAGAGACCAAAGUCCUUCUAAUUCGUGUGUUUUCAAAGGUUUCUUCCAAUUGCUGUGGAUUUUAUUUAUCGCUAAGGAGAGUUGCACAAUGACUCCCAUGGUGCCUGACUGUGGGGUGCUGACAACUCCCCGGCGAUCUCCACCCAUCAAACUCAUGGACGAGGAAGAACCCAUUAAGAAGUCACCAGUGUCUGCUAGCUUUGCUGCAGUCUCGCCACCGAGGUCGGCUGAGGCCACUGGAGUCACACUGAGUAAUGGGUUCAGUUUCAGUUUCUACAAAUCUCCAAAAAGUGUGACAAGCCCCUACAGACGUGUUGAACCUCUGCCAUUGCAAAGUCCUAGGGUUCACAAGUCACGUAAAGAUGGAAUAAACAAAGGAGUAGGACACAAGAUAAAGAGGCCUAAAAUGAAAGCAAAAGGAAAAGAGCAGAAAAAGAGAGAUGUAAAAAUUGUUGCAAAGAGGUUGAAGGAGGGAAAAUUCACACCACGGCUCCCCUCAGACCGCAGUCCAGUGAAAACUCCUACCCCCCUCGAAAAGAAGAAACGUCAUGUGCUCUCGUCCCCAGGCAUGUCUUUCCUGGAGGAUGAGGAUGCUGGUUCCAAUCUCAUGGAGCCAAGUAGCAGCAAGAAGUUUUUUACCAGCCGAUCUAGAGCUGCAGCCACAGUGCAGCUUGGCAAAAACAUAAAGUUGUCUGCCAAAAAUGGGGAUAUCACCCUGAAACAGCGAGUUGGAACGUUUGAGAAGAAAAAUGUUGGGCGCAUUGUUGAAGAUGAACUUAAUCAGUUUAUUGGUCAGUCUGAGACACAGAGCCUGGAUCAGGUGGCAUUGCUACCAUCAGUACAGUCCACCAGUCGGCCAGUCCCAACCAGAGUUCCCAGCACACCUUCCCCCAAAAAGAGAGUAAGCCCCCGAAAAAGAGCCAGAACUCCAUCUCCAAGAAAGCGCAUGGAGAAGAACAGCUCGCAGACAGAUCUAAAUGUGUCUACAAAUUCAGAAUUGCAGGACAUGGAGUUGAUCCUCCAGGAGUGGGAUGAAAAUCAGGAAAAUCCAGGCCAGGAACAGGUUGUUACUCGGCGCUCUCCACGGAAGAAUAUGGUUGUUGGUGAUAAAGAAAACAAGGUUGACAGUCCUCGUCGUUCACCAAGGAAAGCAGUCGAUGGAUUCCCUGAAAACACCAUGAAUGGUUCACCAAGGAGAUCUCCAAGGAAGCCAAUUUCUGGCAGCAUCGCACAGAGAUCACCAAGCAGAGCACUGAAAAGGUCACCCAGUAAAAGCAGCCCACAGAAAGGGAAGUUCUUCUCAAUAUUUGAUCCCAAGCGUCGGCUCUCAGACAAGGCCUCUUUAGCAGACAAAACUAUGAACAACAGAACUGUUGGAAAGAAGGUUCCACUGAGAAAAAGUGAUGGAUCCCAAAUGAUGAUUGAUGCAGGACAAAAGGAAUUUGGGGCCAAGCAGUGCAAUGUCUGUGGCAUUAUAUAUGAGAUUGGCAAUCCUGAAGAUGAAGCUUCUCAUGAGGCCCAUCAUAAUAGCUUCCUCAACACACUCAAAUAUAUUGGUUGGAAGAAGGAAAGGCUAGUAAGGGACUUAGAUCAUCAUGGAGGACGGGUUAUCAUGGUUUCACCUACAGACUCUCAGCAUUGCUGGCGUAAAGUGGAGGAAAUAAGAGAAUUAGUUGACCAAGAGCUGGGCUUUGCUGAAAAUGGGAUCCGCGUGAAAGAAAACACAAAGGUCUUCUUUUAUGUUCUUGAGAAGAGGAUUGUUGGCUGUCUUAUUGCCGAGACCAUAAGGGAAGCACACAAGGUGAUCCCACAAAGAUCACCUAUAAGAGGGGGUGGCCAGUUAGUAUGCUGCUCUGAAAAACGGUACAAAGUAUGGGCUGGAAUUAGCAGGAUUUGGGUCUUGGCUUCAGAGAGAGGGAAGGGUAUUGCCUCAACAUUGGUUGAUGCAAUGAGAAGUAACUUUCUCACCAGCCACUUCCUGACUCUAGAUGAAUUUGCUUUUUCCGAUCCCACUGAGAGUGGAAUGGGCUUUGCUGAGAAAUACACUCAGAAAAGAGAUUUCCUUGUUUAUCGUCGUUAGUAACAAUGAGAGCAUUUUUUAGUGUAUUUGAAAUGAUAGAUAUAUGCUUGUGUUAUAUUUAUACCAGAAAUAUUUUGAGAGAUAUUUUUAUUUAAAUAAUA